UCUUGGUAAUAUUUCAAAUGAUUCUAUUUUGGCUUCAGAAGCAGAUUCCACACAAACAGAGACGACGCAAUCAUCAUAUAGUGAGGGCGACCCCAAGAGGAUAUUUGGAACGAAUUUGAUGCAAUUAUCAAUGGAAGAGGGAUACAUAAAGGGGCACGAUGUAGGAAGAGCUCAUGAAAUGAAGGCUCACCUCACACUGAAAUGUAAAAGAAGAGUGCCAAAAGAUAUUCGAAUUAAGGUACUUCGGGAUAUUCAAAAUGAGGAUGGGUCAACUUCAAAAAAAAAAAGGAAAUCAGACUAUCCUAUAUUAACUAUGGACGUAUACUACAACACAAAAGAAGCCAUUGAUAAAGCUAAAGAAACAAGGGCCAAUAAAUCGCUGAUCAAAUGGAUUGUGUGUUCCGGUAUCUCAUUUUCCACCUUUGAUUCUCCUUAUUUUGAGGAUUUUACAAAGUUAUUAAACCCAGGGUAUAAUUCACCUAAGAGAACUACGUUGGCAACAUCAAUCUUGGAUGUAGAAGCAGCGAACAUAACACUAAAAAUAGAGAAAGAACUAUUGAAAUCUAAAAAUCUAACGCUGUGUGUAGACAGUUGGUGCAGUCCAUUAAAACGUAGCAUAUAUGCCUUUGUGAUAAUGACGGAUGAGAAGAAACAAUAUAUUUAUUCUUUACGUGAUUUUUCAAUGUCCUCUCAUACGGCAAAUUUUAAUGCUGAAAGAAUAAGAGAAGUAAUAGAAAAUGUUGGACCUGAAAAAUUUGUUGCAGUGGUGUCUGAUGCAGAAUCGGCAAUGAUAGCGGCAAAACGUCUGGUUGCAACACAAUAUCCGCAUAUUUUACCUGUUAGAUGCAUUGCACAUCACAUGCAAUUAAUCUCUAGCAGUAUCUGUCAUUUACUUCAUGCACGAGCUAUUCUUUCUAACUGUCAAACAGUCAUAAAGUUUUUUAGGAAUUAUUAUAUUGCUGGUGCCACCCUUAAUCAAGAAAUUAUAUCUACUUUCACUGUCAGUGGAAAUUUAAAAUCGAGCACUAAAACCCGGUGGUCAACAGUUUUAGAACAAGAUCCUCAAAUUUUUAAUCGGGUGAGCGCUGUAAAAGAGUUAAUUGGUGAUCGUCAAUUUUGGAUUGACGUGGAACAAUUGCGGGAUAUUCUCCGCCCAGUAAAACGGGCUGUAAAAAAUGUGGAGUUACAAACCACCUUGUUAGCUAAUGUGUUUGUUGAACUAGUAAAAAUGGCAAUCCAAUCAAAGAAACUUCUGUUUUAUAUAAUAGCCAAUUUCGACGAGAUUCUUAACAUAUAUAAAAAUCAUAUUCUUAAAAAGGCUUUAGAAAUAUGGAAGAA